ACAACAGAGUGGAAACAGCGGAUCCAAUCUGGCAACCCUGCUGGAGAUAACAAGAACACCGACCGGGAAAAGGGGCCAACAUCCAGUUUUUAAAGUCCCCAAAGUCGCGGAUUUCUUCCAUCACAUAUCGGAUUUACUGGCGAAAGCUCAACCCGAGACGACUUUAUUUAAGGGGAAGUUGUUUGUUUUUCAGCUCGGAGUGUUUUUGGAGAGUUUUUAGCCAUCCCUUUUCCCGACGUUUCCUUUUGGAUCAUUACAGCGAGCUGCUUUUCUUCUUCUGGACGGAGCCAGUGAUGUGGCUCAAGAGCUCCCGAUAAAACUCCACUGUUAGAUAGAAAUAUUUCCAUUUUUCACAUUUUGAGGUUUUUCUUUGGGAUUUUUGUGCCUUAAGUCCCACUUUUCCGCAUCUCCAAGUACAAGAGAAACACUUUAAAAGGCCCAAACCCGGUGUUUGGUCUGGCUUUUAACGGUAGUUAGCGCGCGAGCGAGCUGGCUAAGCUUGGAGCUAACACGGUGCUAAUUUAGCUUUGUGAUAAGAUUAUGAUCAUUUUUCUAUAACAGUAUUUAUACGACCAUUUAUACAAUGGUUUUUUAGAGCACAGCUAAUAUAAAGUGUUAGUUUAUUUUAUUUUCUGUCAUUUUUUGUUGGAGUUUUUAGCUGGUCAGUUAUGUAUUCUUCUUAAAGCUGGUAGUAAGGCGAGCUAACUAGUUUAGCAUUUGGAGAAUAAUGGCACUCUGGAGUGAUUGAGGCCCUUUUCCUAUGUUUUCUUUUUUUUGGAUCCAUUUCUAAAGUCCGUUCAAUGGAUUCGGUGUGUUUUUGGAUGGAUUGGAGGAGGACAACCUGCAACUGAAACUGCAUUAGAAAACUCAACCUGCUGAUUUUAGGGUCUGAUUUUGAGAUCUGAAUUCAUCUUCCAAACACUGGCUGAAAAACCCACAUCAGUGCUGCAAAGAUGAUGUGCGAGGUGAUGCCCACCAUCAGCGAGGCGGAGGUGGGGAGUAAUGGAGGGGGGCGGGGCUCUGGGUCUCCUCUCCAAUCGGAUUCUGAGGGACAUUUCGAGUCUCUGAUGGUGUCCAUGCUGGAGGAGAGGGACAGGCUCCUGGACACGCUGAGAGAGACGCAGGAGAAUCUGGGACUGACGCAGGGCAAACUGCAGGAGGUCAGCCACGAGCGAGACGCCCUGCAGAGGCAGCUCAACUCCGCCCUGCCUCAGGAGUUUGCAGCACUGACUAAGGAGGUGAAUAUGUGCAGGGAGCAGCUGCUAGAGAGAGAAGAAGAAAUUGCCGAGCUAAAGGCCGAGAGAAACAACACACGACUGCUGCUGGAGCAUUUGGAGUGUUUGGUGUCUCGUCACGAGCGCUCCCUCAGGAUGACGGUGGUGAAGCGUCAGGCUCAGAGCCCAGCCGGAGUCUCCAGUGAAGUGGAAGUUCUCAAAGCCCUAAAAUCCCUGUUUGAGCAUCAUAAAGCCCUGGAUGAGAAGGUGAGGGAGAGAUUGCGCGUUGCUCUGGAAAGGUGCAGCGCGUUGGAGGAGCAGUUAACAGCUUCUCAUAAAGAGAAUGCCUUACUACGAGAGCAGAACAAUCAGAAGAAAUUGUUCAUCGAUGGCACAGCAGAAAUCAACCACAACUCUGAAAGCACACCCAGCACCAAUGGCAAGAGGUCAUCAGAUGGAUCUCUGGGUCCUGACGAGGAGGUGGGAAAGGUGUCAGAGCUGCAGGAGGUGAUGGACAGACAGAGCAAAGAGCUGCUGCAGAUGAAGGAGCGUGUCGUUUCCCUCAGCAGCAGAGUGAGCGAGCUGGAGGAGGAUCUGGACACAGCCCGGAAAGACCUCAUCAAGUCAGAGGACAUGAACACUCGCCUCCAAAGGGACAUACGAGAGUCUCUCGCUCAGAAGGAUGACAUGGAGGAGAGGAUAACGACACUAGAGAAACGCUACCUGGCAGCUCAGAGAGAAGCAACAUCUGUCCACGACCUGAACGACAAACUCGAGAACGAACUUGCCAACAAGGAGUCUCUCUUCCGCCAGACGGAGGAGAAGAACAGGCAGCUGCAGGAGCGGCUCGAGCUCGCCGAGCAGAAACUCCAGCAGACCAUCCGCAAGGCCGAGACGCUUCCCGAGGUGGAGGCGGAGCUUGCUCAAAGAGUCGCUGCCCUCAGCAAGUCUGAUCGUUCUGUGUGCUGUGCCUCUAAGGAUACUAAGGAGACUAAAGCGCAGAGGAAGGCUGAGGAAAGGCACGGCAACGUGGAGGAGCGCCUGCGACAGAUGGAGGCUCAGCUGGAGGAGAAAAACCAGGAACUGCUCAGGGCUCGUCAGCGUGAGAAGAUGAACGAAGAGCACAACAAGCGUUUGUCUGAGACGGUGGAUAAACUUCUCUCCGAGUCCAACGAGAGACUUCAGCUGCAUCUAAAGGAGAGAAUGGCUGCGCUGGAGGACAAGAACGCCCUCAUCCGUGAGCUGGAGCACACGAAGAAACUGAUUGAAGAGUCUCAUCAUGAAAAGGAGCAGCUCCUGAUCCAGAUUGAGACAAUGCGAUCAGAGAACGAUCAAGAUCGCAGCAGGAGUAACUCUUUGCUGCACCAGGGGCGCUCUCACAUGGGCAGCACGCCAGACUUCAGGUACCCAGUCUCUGCGUCCUCCAUGAUUGACAGCCAUUCUGACCAGUACAGCAGCUCACUGGUGCUGAGGCGACCUCAGAAGGGCCGGGCUGCUGCUCUACGAGACGAGCCCUCCAAGGUGCAGACCCUGAACGAGCAGGAAUGGGAGCGCGUGCAGCAGGCCAACGUGUUGGCCAAAGUGGCGUACGCGUUUGAGAGUGACAUGGACGUGUCUGAUUUGGAGGAUGACCGAGAGACGAUUUUCAGUUCAGUGGACCUGCUGUCCCCUGCUGGACAGACAGAUGCACAAACACUUGCUCUAAUGCUGCAAGAGCAGCUUGAUGCCAUCAACAAUGAGAUUAGAAUGAUUCAGGAGGAGAAGGAGAACACGGCGCUGCGAGCUGAAGAGAUCGAGUCGAGAGUCGGGAGCGGUGAAAGUCUCGGCUCCCGGUUCCGCUCCAUGAGCUCGAUACCGCCCUCAUACGGUUCCCCCCACCCCGGCUCAGCACAUUCUGGCUCCUCCCCUCCAGGUUCAGGUCACUCCACCCCUCGGCGAGUUCCGAGCAGAGAGAUCGACCGCAUGGGAGUCAUGACCCUGCCUAGUGAUUUGCGGAAGCAUCGUAGGAAGCCUGCGCAGGACGACAAAGCGUCUAUCAGAUGUGAGACAUCACCUCCGUCUACUCCUCGCUCAACGAGGCUCAAUAAAGGAGGGCAUGCUGCCAGUCACGAGGACAUCCGAGACAUCCGAAGUAUUUCUGCAAUGCAGGACGGACAGGGCAGUAACCCCAGCAGCAGUAACAGUAGUCAGGACUCCCUCAAUAAAACCGCCAAGAAGAAAAGCAUCAAGUCUUCCAUCGGCCGUUUCUUUGGCAAAAAGGAGAAAGGAAGGCCAAGUCUUCCAGGAAAAGACUCCUCCAGCCAAGGAGGUACUCCAGAGGGAGAAGCUUCCCAGGAUUCAGUGGGGCUGGGCAAACUCGGAGGCCCUGGUGAAAAGAACAGGAAGCUGCAGAAGAAGCAUGAAUUGCUGGAAGAAGCCCGUAGGCAGGGGCUUCCUUUCGCCCAGUGGGAUGGACCUACUGUAGUUGUCUGGCUGGAGCUGUGGGUGGGAAUGCCAGCGUGGUACGUGGCAGCCUGCCGUGCCAACGUGAAGAGCGGAGCCAUCAUGUCUGCUCUAUCAGACACCGAGAUCCAAAGAGAGAUCGGCAUCAGUAACCCACUGCAUCGCCUCAAACUGCGCCUCGCCAUCCAGGAAAUCAUGUCAUUAACCAGCCCUUCGGCUCCGCCUACUUCCAGAACGUCCACGGGGAAUGUGUGGGUUACGCAUGAGGAGAUGGAGAGCCUGGCAGCUACACCACCCACGGAGGAUGACGAGGGCAGCUGGGCCCAGACUCUCGCUUAUGGAGACAUGAACCACGAGUGGAUCGGGAACGAGUGGUUGCCCAGCCUGGGUUUGCCUCAGUACCGCAGUUACUUCAUGGAGUCGCUAGUGGACGCACGUAUGCUGGACCAUCUAACCAAGAAAGAUCUGCGUGGUCAGCUAAAGAUGGUGGACAGCUUCCACAGAAACAGUUUCCAGUGUGGGGUGAUGUGUUUGAGGAGGCUAAAUUAUGACCGGAAAGAGCUUGAGAAAAGACGAGAGGAAUCCCAGAUGGAGGUUAAAGAUGUUCUAGUGUGGAGUAACGAGCGUUUGAUUAAAUGGGUGCAGUUUAUUGGGUUGAAGGAAUAUGCACACAACCUGCAGGAGAGUGGUGUGCAUGGAGCGCUAGUGGCCCUCGAUGAAACAUUUGAUCACAACACACUCGCCCUGCUGCUGCAGAUCCCCACUCAGAGCACACAGGCAAGAUCACUUCUGGAGCGAGAAUACAAUAACCUGCUUGCUAUGGGAACAGAGCGGAAACUAGAGGAGGAUGAUGAUAAGAAUUUCAGACGAGCUCCCUCCUGGAGGAAGAAGUUUCGGCCCAAAGAUGUCCGUGGCUUCAGCUCCGAUACACUGCCCGCUAACUUCAGAGUGACCAACAGCACAUCCACUUCACCUGCCAUACAGCCAAAGAAACACCAGCUGGACGGGAGUGUGAGUGGCGUUCAGAGGCUCGACUCUGCUACAAUCCGAACGUAUUCCUGCUAACCCAAAGCCAGGUUUAUGCUCAUUAUCUCUAUAGGUGAAGUCUCUGAAGACGAGGCGUCCCCUUCAGGCUGGGAGUGUAAUGCACAAGAACUCUGAGAUCUUGGAGGGUUUAUCAUGACGUCUCUGCCGUAGAGGACAUAUUUUAGAUUUAUGGAUUAUUCUAUUUAUGGGACAUUUCAUUUAUUUAGUUAUGUUUAUGCAUCAUUUGCCUUUCUCCUCCUCCUUUUUUCAUAUAAUGUUUAACUCUUUCAGGUGUAACGGAAUGUAUUACAGAUCUGAAGUUUGUACAUUUCUAUCUAAUCUAAUCUUUUUUUUUUUUUUUUUUAUAAUCUUCAUCUCCUUAAUUGUCCAUAUCUUUGGUUUGUGAUGACGAAACCUGAGCUGAAUCUGAUUUUGUGACUGACGUGAUUUUAUUUCAUCCCCUACUUCUGUUCUUAAAAUCCUUUUGGCUGUUGAUUUUAUGAUGUAUUAUGUGAAUAUCAGAAUUGGUGCAUAUCUUAGAGCAUUUGUUCCACAGACUGUAUGGAACUUAUUAUUAUUAUUAUUAAUAUUAUUAUUAUUAUUUCCCCCCCUGUCUCUUUUCCUCUUUCUCUUGUGUGAUACCAAAACAUGUGAUAAGCCAUACACGGUAGCAACGACGAGGGCUACUUUCGGAUGCAUCUUUCAGCAGUCGCCUUUUCCAUAUGCUGAAUCUCUCCAUUCCUUUUCUCCUGCACAUGAGACACGCAUGAAGGACGUGUGCUUAGGUGUGUAUAGGUGUGUGUGUGCGCGUGUGUGUGAUGGGUGUGUGUGUGUGUGCAUGCUUGUUCUCCGCUGGACCAACCUCACUGUGGCCUAAGCUCUAACUGCAGUGUCCGAAAAUGGCGCGAUUUGACCCUCCGGCUAAACUCUACAUCUGAUUAAGCCUUACUUCCUCCCUCUGUUUUUAUUUAUUCUGCUUCUCCUUGUGUGAUCAUGGCCUUUUACACUUCUCAUGAGUCAUAUCAAACAUAAAGGCUGGACUGUAUUAUAACUUUAGGGAGUCAUAUUUUUGACCCAACAAACACUUCAAGUUCGUACCCUUUCUUUUGUCUUUUUUUGUGGUUUUAAGGCUCUUAUGCACAAUUCCAAUCAUGUGUUCUUCUCUCCAUUGUUAAAAAAUCUCUGAUCUUGUAACAGAAAUGCUGUACAGUCUGAGUACUUAUGAACUAUUUUUUAUCACAGUAUUAUUUAUUGCUUCCUUUCAAUAAAAAAUACUGAUCCCUAUUUUCCACUGCCAAUAAAAAGACUAAGUCUUUGCUUUAAAAAAUA